UGAAAUGAGUUUGGAAGAAUAUUAUAUGAAUGUCAAUGAAAAUUUUGAAGAAUAUUAUAAAAAGAUUUUUAAAGACUUGGGAGUGUUUAUGAGGAGAUUGAAUUUUUCAGAAUUUACUUUAUUAAAUCAACCAAUAAAAAUUGAUCUAGAAGCUAUAAGAAAUAAAACUGAGGUUAUUUUCUGCUAUGUUUUGCUUAAUUCCGAUCUUAUUUCAAAUCUAUAA